AGUAUACUGUUUUUGGCAUCAUUGAGAAUCGGUAGCGAAAGUUUUAGAUCGCUUUGUCAUCUCGUUUGAUAUAAUGGCUAUUCAAGAUGUUGACAUAGAAAUGGCUACAGAAGAUGGUGAAAAUACUUCAGAAAAGGAAAAGACUCAGAAGUCUGAUAUUGAAGCUCUUUCUUUAGCAGAUAUCAAGGAGCAUCUUCUGUUCAUAGAAAAAUCUGUGAGCUCAAAAGAACCAAGGUUUAUUCUUCGUGUUGUCCGAGCUCUUGUAUCUGUCAGAAAGCGUCUGAAUGCAAAAAUAUUGAGGAAAAUUGUGUCUCACUUUUAUAUUCAUGCAACUGAACAACGAGAUGUUUUGUUAUCUUUUAUUGAUGAGCCUAUGGAUAUGGAUACAAAUGGAAAUAAAGCCCCUGUUAGAGUGAAGAAUGCUAAAUCUAGUCAGCUGCCUUUAUUACCAGAACAAGAUAUUUAUAUUCACCUUCUUGUAUUGUUAUACCUCAUUGAUUGUGGUCAACAUAAAAUGGCAGUUGACUGUGCUGACCUUUUAAUGAAAAAAGUAGUGGCUCAGCCACAACGAACUGUAGAUCUAAUAGCUGCUAAAUGCUAUUUUUACCUCUCAAGGGGUUAUGAAUUACUUGGAAAUUUGGCCAAUAUCCGCAGUUUUCUUCAUACCCGCCUCCGAAGUGCAGUUCUACGAAAUGAUUAUGAAGGCCAGGCUGUACUUCUCAAUUGUCUUUUACGUAAUUAUCUUCAUUACAGUUUGUAUGAACAAGCUUCUAAAUUAGCCUCUAAAUCUGUGUUUCUUGAAAUGGCAUCAGAUAAUGAAUGGGCCAGAUUUUUAUAUUAUUUAGGACGUAUCAAAGCUAUUCAAUUAGAAUAUUCUGAAGCCCACAAAAAUUUAUUGCAGGCAAUAAGAAAAGCUCCCGAAUUAUCAGCCAUUGGAUUCAGGCAAACAGUUUACAAACUUGCCAUAACAGUAGAGUUGUUACUUGGUGAUAUACCAGAUAGAUCUUUAUUCAGGCAACCUCAACUUAGAAAAUCUUUAGCACCCUAUUAUCAGUUAACUCAAGCGGUUAAGGCUGGAAAUCUCAAUAUGUUUAAUGAAGUUCUAGAAAACUUAGGUCCUCAAUUUCAAGCAGAUCAUACCUACACUCUAAUAUUGCGACUGAGGCACAAUGUGAUCAAGACUGGAAUUCGAAUGAUCAGUCUCUCCUAUUCCCGAAUUUCUCUAGCAGAGAUAGCCCGAAAACUUCUUUUAGGCAGCUCUGAAGAUGCAGAAUUUAUUGUGGCCAAGGCUAUACGUGAUGGAGUGAUUGAAGCAAAUAUAAACCAUGCUCAAGGGUACAUGCAGUCCAAACAAACUGUAGAUGUAUAUAGCACUGGAGAACCUCUAGCAGCAUUUCACAAGAGAAUCAGCUUUUGCUUGGACAUUCAUAAUAAAUCUGUGAAGACAAUGCGGUUUCCACCUAAAUCAUUUCAUAAAGACCUUGAGACAGCUGAAGAACGUCGAGAACGAGAAAAACAGGAUAUUGAAUAUGCAAAAGAGAUGACAGAUGAAGAGGAUGAUGGUUUUCCUUAAACACUGUAUAUUGCCCCUCUUUCACAUGUAUUUUAUUUUGAACUAACUUUUAUUCGUAUAUUUUAUGAAUUAUCACAAAAUUUGACAUUGAAAAUAUUAGUUGAGUUUAAAAACUCAAAUAAAGGAUUUUGUUUAAA